AUGCAAGUGAACAGCAGCGCCCUGCUCCUGCAGGACCUCGGUCUGUGUGGCGGGGACGAUGAAUACGACAGCCCGCGGAAGGUCAACGGCUCGUGGGUCGCUGAGCAAAACUUUUCCCUCAACUGCUGGCUGCAAUUUCUCUCCAAAGAGACUUCGUUGGACUUGCACGGGGACAGUGCAAAUUUGGUGGUGCGGGUUCUGAUCGCGCUCGUGUACCUCGUGGUGUGCGUCCUCGGGCUUGUUGGCAACCUGCUGGCCAUGUUUCUGCUGCGCUCGCGUCGGAGCCACCACUCGUCCAUCGACUGCCUCGUGAUCAGUCUGGCGCUCACGGACCUCCAGUUCGUGCUCACCUUGCCCUUCUGGGCCGUGGACACGGUGCUGGACUUCCGCUGGCCGUUCGGCUGGAUCAUGUGUAAGGUCGUGAGCUCCGUCACCACCCUCAACAUGUACGCCAGCGUGUUCUUCCUCACGGCCAUGAGCGUGACCCGCUACCACUACCUCGUAAACUCCCUGAAGAUGGGCAGCCCCGGCAGAGCGGCCUCUCGCGCCCGGUGGGCCAGCCUGGCCAUCUGGGUGGUGUCGCUCGUGGCCACUCUCCCGCACGCGCUCUACUCCACCACUGUCCAGGUGUCGGCGGAAGACGAGCUGUGCUUGGUGCGUUUCUCCAACUCGGACCCGGGCCACUGGGACCCCCAGGUGCUGCUGGGACUCUACCAGACCCAGAAGGUGCUACUGGGCUUCGUCGUCCCCCUGGUGGUCAUCAGCGUGUGCUACCUGCUCCUCCUGCGCUUCGUCCUGAGCCGCCGCGCCGUGGUGGGCGGCGAGGGGCCGGUGGGGGCCACCAAGCGUACCGACCAGGAGAGGGGCCGCCGCCUGCGCCAGUCCAAGGUCACGCGCUCCGUCACCAUCGUGGUGCUGUCCUUCUUCCUCUGCUGGCUGCCCAACCAGGCGCUGACUCUGUGGGGGGUGCUCAUCAAAUUUGACCUGGUGCCCUUCAGCAAGGCCUUCUACAACGCCCAGGCGUACGCCUUCCCGCUGACCGUGUGCCUGGCCCACACCAACAGCUGCCUGAACCCCGUGCUGUACUGCCUCAGCCGCCAGGAGUACCGCACGGGCCUGAGGGAGCUCCUGGUGCGCACCUCCCGCUCCCUGCGCUCCGUCUGCCACCGGGCCCUCAGGGGCCGCAGGGUGGGGGAGGCCGGCAGGGGGCUCCCGCCUCGCUGGUCCUAG